CCUAAAUCGGUGGAGAGUGUGGGGUUUACUCGAAUCAGGAAUCAGAUUUCGGACCAAACUCAUUGACUCGUCUCUCGCGUGACACUGUAUUGGCAAUGGAGGUUGUUGAGGUUCCAAUUCUCAGCGUCAUGGAGAUUCCCUCUCUUCUCCACGCUGUAGCCGCCGACACUCUUCUUGCGGCAACCCAAUCUCUCGCUCUGAUUGGAUAUCUGCUGACUAAUAUCACUAGUUCAGUGUCACAAAACUUGACCUUAACGGAUGGAAGGUUUCCUUUAGAAGAUCUUUGUGGGAGGAAACAUGCUUACCUUAAAAACAAGGACAGUGAAACAGAGGAUGAUGAGGAUGACAAUGAUGAGGAUGGACAUGAUGACGAUGAUGAUGGAGAUGAGGAAGACUACUCAGGUGACGAAGGCCAGGAAGAAGGGGGGGAUCCUGAAGAUGAUCCUGCGGCUAAUGGUGGAGGAGGAAGUGAUGAUGGGGAUGAGGAUGAUGACGAUGAUGGCGACGAUGAAGAUGAAGAUGAUGGGGAAGAUGGGGAAGAUGAGGAGGAUGAAGAGGACGAAGACGAAGAGGAGACUCCACAGCCACCAUCUAAGAAGAGAAAGUGAGAAUUAUAUUUGUUGGAAAUUAUUUUCAGAGAAUGCAUUUGAUCUAGCUUAGUGAUUAGGACAGAGAAAUUAGCAACCUUCUUGAGUAAACCUGUCUUGCUUUAUUUUUAUGUCAAGGAUGAUAAUUGUUAUAUUAAUAUUUCUCAUUAUUUCUACUUUACCUACUUACGGCCAGUUAUUAUC